AUGGUUCGGAAAUGGCAUGUAUAUGAAGUAAGUAGGUGUGUUGGUUGGAUUAAGGAAAGUGACAGCACCAGCAGAGUUAUAGUUGUAUCUGCUUUGUUUUCACCAACAAGUUUUGUUUUGGACAAUUCCUUGGUGAUUGUAAGAAAUCAGCAGCUUUUAUAUGAUGUAAAAGGGGAUGAAAGUUCACAAGCGAUAGACGACAUUACUUUGGUAGAAUCGGAUAAAGAGAAUGUUAUGGAGGAACCGAACUUAUUGGGUGGUGAUGAAAUCGUUGGCGGGGAUGGUGCAAUUGUUCCUGAAGUGGGUUUUCCAGUGAGAACAAGAAAUUCGAAUAAGGAUGACGAUGGGGUUGUGCGAUAUAUUACUUUGACGUAUAGUCGCGAGGGGAAAAGAAGCAAUACUACAGUUGGUUCAUUGAGGCCACAAGCAACUAUCCUGAUAGGUUGUAAAGCUAGGUUAACCGCAUCUGCAGAUAGUCAUGGAGUUUGGAAAAUUAACACAGUGAACCUCAAGCAUAAUCAUAGAACAAGCCCCACAAAGUCUAGAAUGUAUUGCUGCAAUCGAGAAUUGAGUGCACAAGUCAAACGGCGCCUUGAAGUAAAUGACAUUGUAGAAAUUCCAUUGCACAAAAGCUAUAACUCUGUGGUGGUAGAAGCAGGUGGAUACAAGAAAGUGAGUUUCGUGGAAAAGGAUUGCCGAAACUAUGUAGAACAAGUUCAGCGAUUAAGGCUUGGAAAAGGCGACGCCAUAACUAAGAAAUGUGUUUUGGGCAGACGGAGUAGGCAAGCAUAUAAAGAGUUUGGCGAUGUUGUGACCUUCGAUACCACCUAUUUGACUAAUAAAUAUGAUAUGCCUUUUACGCCUUUCGUUGGAGUGAACCAUCACGGACAAUCAACUCUACUUGGGUGUGGUUUGUUGUCCGGUGAGGAUAUAAAUACAUUUGUGUGGCUGUUUAGAACAUGGCUGCAGUGCAUGCACGGUCAGGCGUCGCAUAGGAUAAUUACGGAUCAGGACAAGGCCAUGCAAAGUACAAUUGAGAUCGUUUUCCCGGAUACAAAUCACAGAUGGCGUCUGUGGCAUAUAUUGAAGAAGUUGCCAAAAAAGUUUGGUUAUCACGUUCACAAGGGUUCUAUAUUUCAUACUAUACAUGGACUGGUUUAUGAUUCCCAAUUUGUUGAGCAAUUUGAUGAUGGUUGGAAAGCGAUGAUUGAGAAGUUCGAAUUACAUGAUAACGAUUGGUUAUCGGGUCUGUAUGAUAACAGAUGUCGUUGGGUUCCUUGCUAUCUGAAGGCCACGUUCUGGGCGGGGAUGUCAACAACCCAAAAAAGUGAGGGUAUAAAUGCGUUCUUUGAUGGGUUUGUGCAUGUAAAGACAUCGCUAAAGUAA